UACCUGACAAAUGGCCAUAGGUCAAUCAUGGCGACCUCCUUAUGACAUACGAAAGACUAAUAGAAUACUAAUAAAUACACUAAACGAAACGGGAAUUAUGCAUAUAUCAGUGUCUUAGUUUAUUGACGUAGCAGUCAUGUUUACUCACUUUUUAGCUAGAUCUGCUGGGAAUUUCCUGAAAUCCAGCUCGACUGUCUCUGUGAUAUCAAAUUCUGGAAAUGCUCUCUGUGGAAGAGGAAUUGUGAAUUCCACAACUUUACUGGGACUGGGAGUGAGGAUUCCCACCUGUAAUGGAACAAGGAUUGCACAAGGCAGGUUUUUUUCUUCCAGCCUGUCACCAUUCGAGACAUGGCAGGCCAGGACAUUGAAACAGCUGCAAGCUCUCAAAUUGUUAAGAGCACGUUUGUGUAAGAAACUCUCAAAGUUGCCAUCAAGAUUGCCUAAAGCUUCCCCUCUCUUGUGUGCAGCUGCAGUUCCUGGUCUGUGUGUUGCAGCAGAACAGUUUCGCAUCUUUCCCCUUGACUUAUCAAAACUGUUUGUGACUGCUCAGUGCAAAGCAAAACAAAGGCCUACAAGCCGUCUUCUCGAUGAUGACGACUCAAACAAUGACAGUAAGAAGACAGAUCCGCAGUUCCAAUGGAGAUUAUUCUUCCAGCUUUUGUGGCAAGAUAUAUUCUAUCUUCUUGGCGCUGUUGUGGCCGCUGUUGGAGCUGCUAUGGUCAAUAUUCAGAUCCCUCUGAUGUUGGGAGAACUGACCAACAUUGUCUCAAAGUACACUUCAGCCAUGACAACAGAGGUUGCUGACUUUCUGUCUGAUAUCCGUGGUCCUGCCAUAAAACUGAUGGGGAUUUAUGGACUUCAGGGUCUGCUGACGUUCACAUACAUCGGUUUGCUGUCAGUGGUAGGGGAGAACAUGGCUGCACGGCUCCGCAAACAGCUGUUCCAUUCUCUACUUUGCCAGGAUAUCGACUUCUUUGACACUCACAAAACAGGAGAGCUGGUGGACAGGCUGACCUCCGACGUGCAGGAUUUCAAAAGUUCUUUCAAGCUGACUAUUUCUCAAGGACUGCGUGCUGUGACCCAGACAGUUGGCUGUGUAGCCUCACUCUUCAUGAUCUCGACCAAACUGACGUUUGUCAUGCUUGGCGUCAUCCCGGUCGUGAUCAUCGGCGGCACUCUCCUCGGUGCUGCGCUGCGGACGUUGUCAAGAGAUGCUCAGGAGCAGAUUGCCAGGUCGACAGCUGUGGCUGAUGAGGCCCUAGGCAACGUGAGGACCGUACGUGCAUUUGCCAUGGAAAAGAAAGAAUUUGAGUUAUAUGAAGAACAAGUGAACAAGUCGAGUGCUCUGAACAUCCGUCUUGGCGUUGGCAUUGGAGCUUUCCAGGGUGCUGCCAACAUGUUCCUUAAUGGAAUUGUCCUGGGCUCCCUGUUUGCCGGUGGCUGGCUGAUCUCCAUGCACGAGCUGCAGGCUGGGGACCUCAUCUCCUUUCUGGUGGCCACGCAGAUGAUAGAGAGGUCUAUGGCUCAGAUGUCUUUGCUAUUCGGCCACAUGAUCCGCGGGACAUCGGCUGGAGCUCGUGUCUUUGAGUACAUUGAUCUCCAGCCAAAGAUUCCCCUAGACGGAGGACGAAGCAUCCCUUUUCACGCUCUGAUGGGCGACAUCGAGUUCUCAAGUGUCGGUUUUCACUAUCCCAGCAGACCAGGACAGGAAAUUCUAACAAACUUCAAUUUGAAAGUUCGCGGUGGACAAAUGGUGGCCUUGGUUGGUCUCUCGGGUGGAGGCAAGUCAACUCUGGCAGUACUGUUGGAAAGAUUUUACGACGUCACCUCGGGGAAGAUUACACUAGACGGGGUUGAUCUUCGUGACUUUGACCCCACAUGGCUCAGAGGUCACGCCAUUGGCUUCAUUAAUCAGGAGCCUGUUCUGUUUGCCACCUCCGUGAUGGAGAACAUCCGCUACGGCAAGCCCGAGGCCACAGACCAAGAGGUGAUUGAGGCCGCCAGGUUGGCCAAUGCUGACACGUUCAUCAGGAAAUUUCCUAAGGGUUACAGCACAGUGCUGGGUGAGCGAGGCGUGACCGUGUCUGGUGGGCAGAAACAGCGCAUCGCCAUCGCCAGGGCACUCAUCAAAAACCCAUCCAUUCUCAUCCUUGAUGAAGCCACGAGUGCUCUGGACGCAGAAUCGGAGAGGCUGGUGCAGGAGGCCCUGGAUAAAGUGGUCAAAGGGAGGACAACCCUUGUGAUUGCUCACCGCCUGAGUACCAUCCGAGAUGCUGAUGUCAUUGCUGUAGUCUCAAAGGGUCGGAUCAUGGAGAUGGGCACACACUCAGAGCUCAAGUCCAAGCGAGGCCUGUACUGGGAGCUGAUCAAGAAGCAGGAGCUGGAAGAGGAUCUGGAGAAAAACUGAAUGGGCCGCGUUGUCUCCACGGAGAACAUGUGAAGCCAGUUGCUGUGGUUGUGUAGUGAUUCAGAAUUUUUUUCAUCACAAAGAGCAUCUGCUAUUCACGUUCAAGUCAUUUUUGCAUUUGGAACUUACUGCAUUGUUCCGAAAAGCUAACACGCACCGAAUUUAUUGUGAGAAACAUCAUCAGUUAUUUACAUUUACAUCUCUAUGUAUUCAUCAAUGUAUGUGAUAUUGAUUGACAACAGAGAAGGGUGCCAAACUUGAAAAGUAGGCUUGCUGCUCGUGAGCCACUGGAUGUUAUUUUUUUGGCCUCGACACUGGCCUUAUACGUCUCGACAGGUUCUAUUGUAACUUGUAAGGGUACUUUCCCGACCUUUCUUUUCUUCUUAUACAGCAAGCAAUGCGCAACUGCAAAGUCAUAAAUUGUCUGUUUGGAGAUUUUUUAUUUACAGGUUUACGGUAAGCUCUAACUGUCUUUGCCAGAGAGGAGACUCUAUGUUAAGAAUAGCGAUCAAAGAUGAAUGCAGCCGUACAAUAAAGGGAGAUUUUUCAAUUUGUUUAUAGAAUGUUUUUCUCUACACCGAUUUUUUUGGGGUAUUUAUCAUUUGUGAAUCAAGAAGAAAAUUACAGGAUUUAUUAUAACCUUACAGAAAUGCCAUCCUGAACUUCUCAUCGCUGCAUGUAAAUUGCACCAUAUAGGUCAAAUGCUGAUGUUAAUAUAUAUAUGACGCUUAUUCCAUGUUGUCGCUUGAACUUUUCGUUAAUUAAGGAAAUAAACCUUAUAUUUAUGAAUGAUAGAAUUUAAUGAAAGAAUAAAGAUUAGUACAUACAUGUACCAAAAUUU